UGAUUGUUAGUACAGUGUUGUGUUAAAAAACGUUGACAUGAGCAGUAUUGAAGUGUAUGUCACUUAUCUAGAGAAAGAAGGCCCAUUUUUGAAACUAUGGGUGCAACUCAACAGGUCAAGUGCUAUGUUCGUGGAAAAACUUAUCCGCCAAUACACGGAUCAGUUCGAAAGAGGCCUCUUCGUAACUCAUCCUUCAGCUCUUAUAGUCGGUGGCGUCUGUUGUGCGAAAUACGUCGAUGGAGUUUACUACAGGGCACGAAUAAUCAGCCUCGCAAACGUGUCAGAAGGCGAGAUUUAUGUACAGUUUUGCGAUUUUGGAAAUAAAGAAGUGGUUCCAGUUAGUAAUAUUAGAAAUGUGCAGGUGCGUGCUGGUGAUCCGCAACCACCUUUGGUUGCAGUUCCGGACCAGGCUACGGAAUUUUAUCUCGCUGGUGUACUGCCACCUCAAGGAGGAGAGUGGGAAGAUUCUACAGUUGAGCAUAUAAGACAAAAACUUGGCUAUGAAGAGUUUCAGGGCGUUAUUGUUGGAGAAACUGCUAGAAGAAAGAUACUGGCAUUGUACUCUUCUGGAGGUAUAGAUAUUUCACAGGUUCUGAUACAGGAAGGUUUGGCGGUUUCUAUUACACCCAGUGCGCAACAGAUGAUCAGUCAAAGUUUGCAUACUUCUCAGUCUGUAACACACAAAGUUAAUGUUAAUGCACCCACAGCCCCUUGGCAGACUUUCACUCCCCCGCCGUCUAUAAACCGUGUUGCCAAUAUUAGGCCCAAUCCAGCAUACCAAAUUGAAACAAUGCGGGCUGCCAGAACCAAUGUCAAUAUGAAGAAAAACCCUGUGCAACAGGGCAGUGGAAGAGUCUUUGGAGUACCUGUUUUGGAAGUUAACUCAGAGCAUUUGGUAUAUGUAUCAUUUGUGGACGAUGGCCCUCUUGCAUUUUCCGUCCAGUUAAAGGCUUUUGAAGAUCAGCUUGCCAGCAUGUCGAAUGAAAUAAAUGACAAUCCUCCACAGCCAAUGCUGAAGCCAUUGCUCCCAGGUUCAGUGUGUUUAGGUAGAUUUUCUGAAGAUCAUUUGCUUUGUCGUGCUGUUGUCAUGAGUGUAAUGGAUGACAGGUGUAUGAUAUAUUAUGUAGAUUUUGGGAAUUCAGAAGUUCUUCCUUAUUCAGAAAUAUACGAAAUUCCAGACAAAUACAUGAAUCUAAAGUCUAUGGCACUUAGAUAUUCUCUUGCAGGGAUAAGGGAUAUUCCUUUAAAUGAUGAUCUCAAAGAUGAAUUCAAGAAAAUAGUGCUAGAUAAGUUAUUAAAGAUGAAGGUAGUUAAUCCAGAAGGUCCACCUGUGAAGCAAUAUUGUGAGUUGUAUGUUGAUGGUAAAAGUGUUAAAGACUUGUUACUUGAAAAACUAAGAGUUCAGCAACUGUCUAAGGGGUACAAAAAAAUGGCGCUACCUGCUGUGGGCUUAGUUGAGAAUGUUUAUGUUUCUUAUGUUGAAUCAGUUUCAAGUUUUUAUGUUCAGUUGGAAGCCAAUGUCAGUGGACUGACAAAUAUUAUGAAUUAUUUGGCUUCAUAUUGCAACAGAACCCAGGUUCAAGGAUUUUCUCCUGCUCAGUUGCAAGUUGGUAUGCCAUGUUGUGCAUUGUUUGCAAAUGAUGGCCGUUGGUAUCGUGCAAAAAUUAAGAGUAUUGAAUCUAAUAUGGUGCAUGUUUUUUAUGUGGAUUACGGUAAUUCUGAUACUGUGCCCAUUAGCUCUCUGUGCAAAAUUGAACCAACACUUCUAAGCCAGCCUCCUGAGCAGGCCAUCCACUGUAUACUUAAUGGUUAUGAACACCGUGGUGCUGAAGACGAUCUUUCGGCAACAUUUGAACUUGCUGUGAUAGAAAAGUUGCUGUCAAUGAAGGUAUUGAAACACGUUCCAGGUGGCAUAGUGGUUGAUAUUUAUGACACCACCGUUCAGCCAGUGAAGAAUAUAUCUGAUUUGCUGACUGUAGCACAAACAAAGUCAGUAACAGCCGCAGCUCCUGCUGAAUUGGACAGUGAUUGGCAGGAGAGAACUUCAGUUGGCACUGCUUAUGGCGAUAGUGCUUCGGGGAGUACCCAAAGAGAACAGUAUGGUGGUAAAGGAUCGAAGAAAAGGAACAAAGCAGGCCAACCAUCUGACACAGCACCUUACACUAGGCAACGAGGUAGUGAGGACAGAAAUUCACCAUUUAGAAAGUCACAGAGGCAUGACAAUUCAGUGUCACACUGGCAGAACAAAGGAGACGGAAUGUCAUCAGAGUCUUCUGAUGCAGGGAUAGCGAAAGGUGACAACAGAUUUUCGAGUGGUACACAUCGCAGAGAUGACCAUAAGUCAAACAGUGAAGCAGGACGAAUGGGGACAGAGAAAGAGUGGGAUAGAAACACAAAGUUUGGUAAUAAAUGUGGACGAUAUAGGGGUGAGAACACGGAGGCUGGUGGUGAGUCACAAAGUGAUGUAUUUCAAAGUGACAGGGGAACAAGGCAGGGAAAUAGCAGGGACCAAAGGAGAUUUCCUGGUAAUGAGAGAGAUGGUGAUAAUGAGAACAGACGGGCACCAGAACGAGGGAGGGAUAGGCCAUAUGAUGGUAACAGAAGAGGAAAUGGAGGAAGAUUUCGUGGAUCUGACCAAGAAACUGAUGGUGAGAGUGGAAGGCCUUCUAAUUUGGAUAGCAGUAGAUCAUACAGCGAUAACAGAGGAGGAAGUUAUGGAAAUCGUGAAAGAGAUGGAGGGAACAGAAGAGGUGGGAGAUUUGGUGAUAGAGAUAAAGGUAGAGACAGAGACAGUGAUUGGAAUGGAGGAGGCAGAGGUGGUAGAAGAUCUGGAACAGCAGUUGAAAAUUCAAGUUCUGAAGAUUCUGCACGGAACAAUAACAGAAAAUGGGAGGAAAAGUCUGAUCGAAAUGCCAACAAACGAGAUCGGUGGAACUCGAGAGAUAUUGGGAGUUCACAUGGUGGUUAUCAGAAUAUGAAUACUACUGCUGUGUCAGCUGAGGGAGACUUAUGGAAUGACACUGAAACUGAACCAUCAGUUAAAACAAUCCCUCAUAUAGAUGUUCAGCUAAACACUGUGCACACAAUGCAGCUCAUCUAUGUUGUAAAUCCAAGUGAAUUCUGCCUCCAGAUGGCUGAUGAUUUGAAACUUAAUUCAAUGAUGGAGCAGAUUGCAAUGAAGUAUGGUGAUGGUGGUGGUACUCCACUAGACAAUAUCAAGGAAGGUAUUGCAUGUGCAGCACUUUAUUCUUUGGAUGGCUCAUGGAAUCGUGCUGUGAUUGAAGCCGUUUACGCUGACACUGUCUUAUGUCGGUUUGUAGACUACGGUAACAGUGAUGAAGUCCCACAUUCAGGACUGAAAAUAUUGGAAAAGGAGUUUGAAAUUCUGCCAGCACAGGCAAUAAAAUGUGUUAUGCUCUGUGCAAAGCCUUCUGGAGAUUCGUGGUCUGAAGAAGAAAUUUUACGUUUCAAAGAGGCUACUGAUGGGAAAGAAAUCAACACAAAAUUUGUCAAAAGGAAAUCAGAUGAGUAUGAGGUUAUUUUAAGAGAAGCUGCAGAUUCUAGUAAAUCAAUCAAUGAAGAUUUUGGUGCUGAUCCAUCUGAACUGGAGAAAAUUGAGGCUGGGGCAAGUGUUUCUUCAGGAAUUUGUGAUAAUGUGGACAGCAUUUGUGCUACUUUUGAAGACAAAUACCAAUUGCAGAAUACUUUGGUUGGCACCAAGCAUGAUGUUCUAGUGUCAUGGUUUGUUAACCCAGAAAACUUUUAUUGUCAGCUAAUUUCCUUACAGACCGAAUUAAAAAAUAUGAUGGAAUCAAUUCAGACUGAUUAUCGCAAGAAAAAACGCCAGAAAAUAAACAUUGUUGCAGAUACUCCAGUCAUUGCGAGAUUUAAAAGUGACAAAGUUCUGUACAGAGCGAUUGUGAAAGAACUUAAAGGGAAUGCAGUAGUUAUACAAUAUGUUGAUUUUGGCAACUGUGAUAUUGCAGAUGCUUCAGACAUUUGGCCCUUGGAGAAAAAGUACCUUUCUUAUCCAGUUUAUGCCUUGCAAUGUUGUUUAAAAGGUGUGAAGCCUCCAAGUUCUGAAUGGAAAGUCAGCCCAUUAGAUGUUGGAAAGUUCUUCUCGGAGAAACAAGCUUGUACGUUCCACGAGCAAGAGGAUCACAAAUAUUCAGUUACAUUGGAAAACAAUGGCUCUUCUGUUGCAGAGGCACUUGUAACAGAAGGGAUUGCUGUGAAAGAUGAGAAAGCACCACCUGCCAGUAACAUUUCAGUUAAUGUUGAGGAAGAGCUGGAUUUGUCACUGUGCCAGGGCCAGUGUUUGGCAGCUCAUGUUACAUAUGUAUGUUCACUUUCCAAGUUCUUUGUGCAUCUGAACCCAGCACGUGCUGUAGAAAUACAAGCUUGCAUAGAAAAUCACAUGCAGCAAUACAGUGAGACUGCAGGCAAACUACCUUCUAGCAUGCUGCAACAAGGAAAAAUGUGCUUAGCAACACCAGAUGGAGUGUGUUGGUAUCGUGCUGUUAUAAUGGAAAUCCAUCAGGAUCAUGUGACAAAUAAUUUUAUUGAUUUUGGAGAUACAGCUGAAGUACCUAUGGAAAGGAUGGCACCUAUCCCAGAUGAUAUGGUGCCAUGUCAUCGUCUGGCUGUCGAGUGCUCAGUAGUGGGUUCCAGUUCAAAUACUUCUGGUGAACUAGACGAACAGUUUAAACUGGAAGUAGAGGAGCAAGAUGUUAUCCUGCACGUGGAUAGUGUUUGCGAAGACAGGUUGUGUGUACGUCUGUUUGACAUUGAAGGUCAGCGUCUAGAAUUACUCAAGGAAUUAUAUAAUGAUAAUUUACAAGAGGUAGAACCUGUGUGCCCACUGCCUGUGCUAUCGUCAAAAAUGAUGGUAUGUGUAUCGCACGUGGAAGAGACAGCACCCUUCUUUUGGAUACAAAAUGUUCAAGACAUUGCUGGGCUUACUCAAUUACUGGAAUCGUGGUUUGAUUUCUAUGAAACUAAAGGCAAUGGAAAAGAUUUAAAAGACAUUAAACCAGGCAAGUUGUGUGCUGCAAAGUCAGGAAAUGAUGAUAAUUGGUACCGAGCCAGAAUAAACUCGGUGGACAAUGAAAAUGUGUCCGUAAACUUUAUAGACUAUGGAAAUUGCGAAAUUGUGCCCAUUUCAAACAUUAAAGCAUUAGAUGAUGGCUUUUAUAGCCCACAUGCAAUGGCAUUGAGAGUUCGCCUUCCUGUUAAUGUACUUGAUAAUGAACGAACAGUUACUGAAUUUCAGAACUACACAGCAGAGAGAGAAUUUUUUGCCCAACUUUCCAGAAAAACUUCUGAAGAGGAUCACUGGUUUAUUGACCUAAUAUCAGAAGGGAAACGUGUGGUAGAUGAGCUUUCAAAUUUAGGCUUGAUUACAGAAGUUGAAGAUUCACCAUUCACUGGAAGCUUUAUGGUAAAAUCUAUAACCGAGGGUGUGAAGGCAUCCGUUUAUGUUACCCAUGUAGAAAGUCCAUCCAGUUUUUGGGUGCAACUUGGAAGUAAUUUGGAUGAAAUUGAAAAACUGCGGAAUAUGUUGCAGAAGCAUGCAAAUACUGCUGAUAGUAUGAAGACGUUACCUGAAAUAGGUAUGCUUUGUGCAGCUCAAUAUUCAGAGGAUGCAUCUUGGUAUAGGGCUGUUGUAAAGGAUGUAGAACAGACUACAGUCACCGUAAGUUUCAUAGAUUAUGGUAACACAGACAAAAUAACUCUGUCUUCUAGUGGACUGAAGCCUCUAAAAUCUGAUCUUAUUAGUCUACCAGCAUUUGGCUGUAAAUGUUCUUUGGAUGUAACACCAUUGCCUGGUGAAACUGAAUGGUCUGAGGCUGCUAUCAAAAAAUUCAAUGAAAUAGUUGAUGAAACAGGUGGUGUGAUGGUUGCAGAGGUACUUAAAAGCGCAGAAGUGAAUGUAGUGACUCUCUACACCGAUGAAAGUAAUGUGUCCUCAAUUCUCAUUGACCUGAAGCUAGCAAUGUCUCCAUCAAUGAAAUUGGAAAACCAGUCUGAGUCCCUACUUGAGACAUCAGAAGUUGACAAAAGUGGAGAUAAUGGGUUACAGGGGAAGGCAAAUGAUUAUGAUUUAGUAUUUGUUAGCCAUUGUGAUAGCCCUGUUGAUUUCUGGAUACAACGCAAAAGUGCUAUAGGAAACUUGCAAUAUGUAACAGAGAAGAUGGAAAAUGCUGCAAAUUUUAGUGUGUUUCCAGAUGCAAGGGAAGGUGCACUGUGUGCUGCGCUAUUUAAAGAUGAUGGUUUUUGGUAUCGAGCUGAAAUUCUUUCAUGUAAUGAUGAUGAUAUGUCUGUAAGGUUCAUAGAUUAUGGGAACACAUCUACCACGGACGAAGUACGUGUUUUGCCAUCUGAUUUAUUACAAAUGCCAGGCAUUGCUGAGCACUGUUCAUUAACGUUUCCUGAUGAGGUGAAUGAAUGGUCUGAAAAUGCAUGUUCAAAAUUCUUGAGUCUAGUCGGUGGAGGAGAAACAGAAUUUCAUAUGAAGUUAGUGAAAGAAGGGCCUGUGAAUGUCGUAAGUCUUGACUACAAUGGAGAACCGGUAGAACUGAUACUUAAACAGUUAAAAGUCAGUAUGGUAAUAGAUGAACCACCAGACACAGCAGAAGUAUCUGAGAAAAAAAGUUUUACUGUUAGUGGAUCUGAAAUUCCAGAUGGUGAAACAUGCCAAGCACCUCAAGAAAUUGAUUCCACAGUUUCAUCGCAAAAUAAAAGUGAUAACUCUCAAAUCAAUGAGAUGCCUAACGUGAAUAAAUCUUUCGAAGUUGAGAAAAGUGGAGACAUUGAGUUACAAAAGAAUGCAAAUGAUGAUGAUUUAGUAUUUGUUAGCCACUGUGAAAGCCCUGCAGAUUUCUGGAUACAACGCAAAAGUGCUAUAGGAAACUUGCAAUACGUGACAGAGAAUAUGGAAAAUGCUGCAAAUUUUAGUGUGUUUCCAGAUGCAAGGGAAGGUGCACUGUGUGCUGUGCUAUUUAAAGAUGAUGGUUUUUGGUAUCGAGCUGAAAUUCUUUCACGUAAUGAUGAUGAUAUGUGUGUAAGGUUCAUAGAUUAUGGGAACACGUCUACCACAGACGAAGUACGUGUUUUGCCAUCUGAUUUAUUACAAAUGCCAGGCAUUGCUGAGCACUGUUCAUUAAUGUUUCCUGAUGAGGUGAAUGAAUGGUCUGAAAAUGCAUGUUCAAAAUUCUUGAGUCUAGUCUGUGGAGGAGAAACAGAAUUUCAUAUGAAGUUAGUGAAAGAAGGACCUGUGAAUGUCGUAAGUCUUGACUACAAUGGAGAACUGGUAGAACUGAUACUUAAACAGUUAUAUUUGAAGGAAAGUGACUUGGGAAAAGUCAGUAUGGCAAUAGAUGAACCAUCAGACACAGCAGAAGUAUCUGAGAAAAAAAGUUUUACUGUUAGUGGAUCUGAAAUUCCAGAUGGUGAAAUACACCAAGCGUCUCAAGAAAUUGAUCCCACAGUUUUAUCACAAAAUAGAAGUAAUAACUCUCAAAUCAAUGAGAUACCUAAAGUGAAUGAAUCUUUCGAAGUUGGGAAAAGUGGAGACAUUGGGUUACAAGAGAAUGCAAAUGAUGAUGAAUUAGUAUUUGUUAGCCAUUGUGAAAGCCCUGCCGAUUUCUGGAUACAACGCAAAAGCAUUAUAGGAAACUUGCAAUAUGUAACAGAGAAAAUGGAAAAUGCUGCAAAUUUUAAUGUGUUUCCAGAUGCAAGGGAAGGUGCACUGUGUGCUGCGCUAUUUAAAGAUGAUGGUUUUUGGUAUCGAGCUGAAAUUCUUUCAUGUAAUGAUGAUGAUAUGUCUGUAAGGUUCAUAGAUUAUGGGAACACGUCUACCACAGAUGAAGUACGUGUUUUGCCAUCUGAUUUAUUACAAAUGCCAGGCAUUGCUGAGCACUGUUCAUUAAUUUUUCCUGAUGAGGUUAAUGAAUGGUCUGAAAAUGCAUGUUCAGAAUUCUUGAGUCUAGUCAAGGGAGGAGAAACUGAAUUUCAUAUGAAAUUAGUGAAAGAAGAUCUUUUGAAUGUCGUAAGUCUUGACUACAAUGGAGAACCAGUAGAACUGAUGCUUAAACAGUUAUAUUUGAAGGAAAGUGAUUUUGAAAAACUCAGUACACUAAAGGAUCAAACAUCAGACACAGCAGAAGAAUUAGUUUUGCAAGAGCAUGUGAAUGGAACAUGUGAUAAAACUGCACUACACAACACAGAACUUCAGCCGGUUACCUUAAGUGCAGAUGGAGUCGAAAUUGAAGAGAAACUUGCUGCAUGUAUGGUAAAAAAUACAUCUGAAAAUAAAAAUUUUGAUAUUGGAAGAGCUGAAAUUCUGGAUGAUGAAACACACGUUGCACAUAAUGAAAUCAGUACCUGUAUUUCACCACAAUUUAAAUCUGGUGACUCUUGUCAAAAUGAGGCAUCUGAGAUGAUGACCUCUAGUGAUUUUGUAUCUCCAGAUAUUAAAGACAUAGAGAAUAGUUACAGGCACCCUACAAACAUGCAACGAGAAGUUCAAAGCCUGGAACUAUUACAAAAUGAACAGAAAGAUGAUAAUCAGAUCAAGACAAAGCAUAGUGAAACACUAAUCCAGGACCUUAAUGUUGAAGUUAAAGUCCAAUCUUUAUCAGAUCAGACCAAGGAAGACAUUGUUUCACAGAAAGUGGUUGAACAUCCUCCAGCAGAUGCUGGUAGCCCUGAGGCAUUAAUUAAUGAAAACGAAACAGUUCCUGAUCUGUUGCAUUGAUUUCAACAUUUGAAAACAUCACCACAUUUAAACCUCUGCAAAAAAUGUGAGUAAUACAGUAAUAGUAGGACACUGUUGUCGCCCCACAACCCCAACCAUGAGAACAUUGAAAGACUUUGACUGGGUUAAGGAGGGAAGUGAUGAUUACACAGAAUGUUACAAUUUUUGUCACAAGUGACAAAAUGGAAAAAUUCCAGUAUUUUUUCUUCCUCCUGCCAAUGUUAAGACAGCAUCAAUAACACAUGAGAAAAUUUUUGAAAUUUAUAUUUCUGAUAGACAUUACUUGGCUGCUGUAUACAGGAUUGUUAUUGUGUUGCUUACACUAUUAUUGUAAAUAUCAUGUACAAACGAUGUCUGGAACAAAUGGGAUGGAAUAUUGUCAAUUUGUUUCUAAGUGUACUUGUUCUGUAAGUGCAUUGUAGCAAUUUAUAUCCAGUUGCUUUUUAUAACUCAGUUUUAAAUUUAAGGCAGUUCUUUUAAAACUCCAUUUGUUGGAAUGGAAAUGAACUUAUUAUGGCAGCUGCUGGCCUGGUGUCAAUAGAAACAGUUUUUGGCUGUGAUACAUAAAGCACUUACAUUUGCUUGCUGCAUGUCAGGCUAUGCUUGAUGGUGCUUUGAGUGCAAGUUGUUUGUUAGCUUUUCUUCCAUCUGCACCAUAUCUUCAAGCCGUGUUACUGUAUAUAGUAAAUAUAAAGUUAAUAUUUGUAUCUGUUAAUUUAAUAUAAUUCUCAGUUACAUUGGAAAAUGUGAGCAUAAUCCAUUGUAAUAUACACAUUGGUAAAAGAAGACUGAACCACAUGUGGGUUAAUGUCAUUGUUAACACAUCUAAUCUAUUUUGUUUGUUAUUUUCUACCUUGUUGAACAAGAUGUACAUUUUUUACAGACAAUACUUUCCUUUUUCAUAAUAAAACAUACUGAGGA